AUGUCUACAGGAGUUUGUGGUAAACGGGUCGGGUACGACGAGUUUUUCGGGUCUUCAUCUUCCCCAACGAAUAAGAGAUCUAAAUGGUCAAGCUUCGGAUCGCCGAUCCGAUCAUCUGAAAUCGGGUCUGGAUCCGAUGACCCGGUUGCAUCCUUGAUCCAUAUGUUCCCGACCAUUGAUCCUGAGUUUGUGAGAAAGGUUAUGAGCAACAAGAACAAUGUCUUUGAAGAGGCAAAAGAGAGCUUACGCUCGUUGAAUGGCUAUUUGGAGAGAACAGAAGCUGGCUCUUUUGAUGGAUCUGUGGGAAAUUGGAGAGACGAGGAUACAAUCGAUGGAGCUAAAUGGGUUGAUAUACUUGUAUCCGAGAUGUCAAAGGCGAUAAACAUCGAUGAUAUGAGGCGACGUGUUGUAGUGAUCUUAGAAGCUCUAGAGAGAAACAUAAAGCAUAACUCCGAUGCGUCAAAGAAGCUUGAAUAUGAGUCGUUAAAGGAGAAUCUACAGAGUUCGAUCAAUGAUAACCAAAUCUUGAAAAGGGUCGUUGCGAAUCAACAUCAGCGUAGCUCUGAAAACGAAGAGAAGGCCAAAGAAGUACAACAUUUGAAAGGCGUAGUUGGACAAUACCAAGAACAAGUUCUUAAGUUAGAGCUAAGCAACUACGCGUUGAAACUCCAUCUUCAAAGGUCACAACAACAACAUACUUCUUUCUCUGGGAAUUUGCCUCCAGACGUUUACUAG